GGGGGGCGGGGCGCGAGUCGCCCGCGCUCUGCUCUGGGUCAUGGAGGCACCGAUCGGCUUGCUGCUGCUGCUGUGGCUCGGGGCCUGGGCCCCGGCUCCCGGCAGCGCCUCAUUGGAGGCUCUGCCGCUGGUCAACGAGGACGUGAAGCGCACGGUGGACCUGAGCAGCCACUUGGCCAAGGUGACGACCGAGGUGGUCCUGGCAUACCCCGGCGGCGGCUCCACGUCGCGAGCCACCUCGUUCCUCCUGGCGCUGGAGCCGGAACUCGAGGCGCGGUUGGCGCACCUCGGUGUGCAGGUAAAGGGAGAAGAUGAGGAAGAGAAUAAUCUAGAAGUACGAGAAACCAAAAUUAAGGGGAAAAGUGGAAGAUUCUUCACGGUCAAGCUCCCAGUUGCUCUUGAUCCUGGGACCAAGGUCUCAGUCGUUGUGGAAACCGUCUACACCCAUGUGCUUCAGCCAUAUCCAACCCAGAUAACGCAGUCAGAGAAACAGUUUGUGGUGUUUGAGGGAAACCAUUAUUUCUUCUCUCCCUAUCCAACAAAGACCCAGACCAUGCGGGUAAAACUUGCCUCCCGAAACGUGGAGAGCUACACCAAGCUAGGGAACCCCACACGCUCUGAGGAUGUCUUGGAUUAUGGGCCUUUCAAAGAUGUAACUGCCUAUAGUCAGGAUACUUUUAAAGUACACUACGAGAACAACAGCCCUUUCCUAACCAUCACCAGUAUGACCCGGGUCAUUGAGGUUUCUCACUGGGGUAAUAUUGCUGUGGAAGAGAAUGUGGAUUUGAAGCACACAGGCGCUGUGCUGAAGGGACCUUUCUCCCGCUAUGAUUACCAGAGACAGCCAGACAGUGGAAUCUCUUCCAUCCGCUCUUUUAAGACCAUCCUCCCUGCUGCUGCCCAGGAUGUGUACUACCGGGAUGAAAUUGGCAAUGUUUCCACCAGCCACCUCCUUAUUUUGGAUGACUCUGUGGAAAUGGAAAUCCGGCCUCGGUUUCCUCUCUUUGGCGGUUGGAAGACACACUAUAUCGUUGGCUACAACCUCCCAAGCUAUGAAUACCUCUAUAAUUUGGGUGACCAGUAUGCACUGAAGAUGAGGUUUGUGGACCAUGUGUUUGAUGAGCAAGUGAUAGAUUCUCUGACAGUGAAGAUCAUCUUGCCGGAGGGGGCUAAGAACAUCCAGGUGGACAGUCCUUAUGAUAUUAGUCGUGCCCCAGAUGAGCUGCACUACACUUACCUGGACACAUUUGGCCGCCCUGUAAUUGUUGCCUACAAGAAAAAUCUGGUUGAGCAGCACAUUCAGGACAUCGUGGUGCACUAUACCUUCAACAAGGUACUCAUGCUGCAGGAGCCUCUGCUGGUGGUGGCUGCCUUCUACAUCCUGUUUUUUACCGUCAUCAUCUAUGUCCGCCUGGACUUCUCCAUCACCAAGGAUCCAGCUGCAGAAGCCAGGAUGAAGGUGGCCUGCAUCACAGAACAGGUCUUAACCCUGGUCAACAAAAGAUUAGGCCUCUACCGUCACUUUGAUGAGACCAUCAAUAGGUAUAAGCAGUCCCGGGACAUCUCCACCCUCAAUAGUGGCAAGAAGAGCCUGGAGACAGAGCACAAGGCUGUGACCAGUGAGAUUGCAGUGCUGCAGUCUAGACUGAAGACGGAGGGCUCUGACCUGUGUGACAGAGUCAGCGAAAUGCAGAAGCUGGAUGCCCAGGUCAAGGAGUUGGUACUUAAGUCGGCAGUGGAGGCUGAGCGGCUGGUGGCUGGCAAGCUCAAGAAGGACACAUACAUCGAGAAUGAAAAGGUCAUCUCAGGAAAGCGCCAGGAGCUGGUCACCAAGAUCGAUCACAUUCUGGAUGCUCUGUAGCUUUCUCCAGGGCACAUGUGAUUAGCAAAAGGCCUCAAGGAAGAGAAGCCAAGGCCCACCUUAGGCAGUGUAAGAAACUUAUCCCGUAUUUCUAAGUGUUUCCCUUUUUUCUAAAACUUAAAAAUCUCAUUAAAAACCAAAUGUUUGUAUUUUGAGCAAAGGCAUUUUCAGUAGCUGAUUGGUAUUGUGUUCUGGUGCCUGGGAUAUUUUUUUCAGCUUAAAGUCCCAUUUUAUGCCCUUGUAAUUCCUAAUGUUUGGUUAUUUUGUGAGUGUAUGUGUGGUUUUUUUUUGAGUGUGUAUGGCCAAAUGAAAAUAAAGGAGGGACUGCGAACACUU